CCCGCCCCGCUAGCCCCGAGGGAGGCAGGAAGACCGAAAAGCGUGGAGGGCUACAAGUGCUUCUUUAAGAGACUUUGAGGGACCCGCCUGGGAUGGACAGCGAUACUCUGCCCGAUGGACCCAGGCAGAGGGGAAAGACUGAACAGAAAUGCAUGUCCAAAGGAAUUUGUUUAAUUGGGUAGUGGCUGAAAUGGAAUCCCGGCAAAACAGUGGCAGGAGAAUAGCUUCCAUUGCUCAAGAGCCCCUCCGUCUGCCGCGUGAGGCUACUGCUUGAGGAGGAGGCUUGAAUUGGCAGAGUUUGCUGAAGCAUGUUCUGGUGGCCCUCCAAUGGCUUGCAUGGAACUCUUUUUCCUCGCCAAAGAGAGGCAGUCUGAUGGGUGCCACAACAUGGACUGGGGUUUGCAUGCUCCCCCCUGUGAGGGGCAGCCUGAUGAAGGCAAGGGAAGGACUAGGACACACAUCCUGGCUUCCGAGUACAGUGAAAGCCACUGCAAAGCCAUGCAAUGGGCAGCCACCACAGAUCCUUUUCAGGCCCCUCUUUCCUUCACCUCUGCAUCACCACUGGCCCCCGAAUGUACUACAUCAGGUGGGGUCAUUUGUCACCCUGGCCUUUCAAAGGAGGAAGCCCAGAAGAGAGCCUGCUGCUGUGAAUCGGAGACGUCUUUCAGUUACGUGGAUGAAAAUGUCAACAAUCUCGACCAUGCGGGAAGCCUUGCACACAGGAGUUGUUGUCAGGACCAAGAUCCCCAUCCUGACCCUUGCGGUGAGAUGCCUCCUGAAUGGCCAUAUGACCCCACCUCGUUGGUUUCUGAGGAAGACGAUGAUGCUGGCUCAGAAGCUGCAGGUGGAAAGUCUAUAGACUAUGGCUUCAUCAGCGCCAUCUUGUUCCUGGUCACUGGGAUUUUGUUGGUGAUUGUCUCCUACGUGGUUCCCAGGGAUGUGACUGUGGACCCCAACACAGUGGCGGCUCGGGAGAUGGAGCGGUUGGAGAAUGAGAGUGCAAAGGUCGGGGCUCACCUGGAUAGGUGCGUGAUUGCCGGGCUCUGCCUUUUAACGCUGGGGGGUGUUGUGCUCUCCAGUCUCCUCAUGAUGUCAAUGUGGAAAGGAGAGCUUUAUAGGAGGAACAGGUUUGCCUCCUCCAAGGAAUCAGCCAAGCUGUAUGGCUCCUUCAAUUUCCGAAUGAGAUCCUCCGCCAAUGAUAAUAUGGAGUUAUCGUUAGUUGAGGAAGAUGCUCUUGCCAUCGAUACUUAGCUAACCCAUGAAGACUCUAAGGCAGCACAGAAUGGAGAAAAUGAUUUUCAUUAAAGCCAGACCCAUGAAACUUGAAGGUAACUAGCAGCACUCAGCAAAGAGCACCUCCCUAACAUGUUGAAAUGAAAUAUCUGUGUUACGCAGGCAAGCAUUCUUCGGUGAAAAGGACAAAAAGAGAGAUAAUACACAAAAUAAUGUGGACUCUCUGGUUUGAAUUCAGGCUAACUGAGAAUGGCCAUUUCAGUGUUUGUGAAAACCUUCCAGGGCUGAAAUCCUAAGCACACUUACUUGGAAGUAAAUUUAAUCUAGAUCUGUGUUACUUAUCUGCUUCAUGCACACAUGGGCAUUAUUUGGUGGUUACAGCAUCCAGUGAUGAAAUGGGCAGCUAGAACUUCCAUAUUGCUGUUGCUUUCCACCUAUUGAACACCUUUCAACAGAGUUAAUAUACACAUUCAGCUGGGAAUCAUUAAAUUUACAGUAUUUAGUUUGUUUGUUUGCUUGCUUGCUUGCUUAUUUAUUUAUUUAUUUAUUUAUUUAUUUAUUUAUUUACAUUUAUAUCCUGCUCUUCCUCCAGGGAGCCCAGAGCGGUGUGCUACAUACUUGAGUUUCUCCUCACAACAACCCUGUGAAGUAGGUUAGGCUGAGAGAAGUGACAGUAGUCAAGGUAUCUUUGAUUUCAUGUGGUGCCAUGCAUAAGUGAACCAAGCCCUGAUGCCAAAUGUAUGAACAGAUGCCACCAAAAAGUAUUGUGUUUGAGAUGAAAGAAAGUUCCCUCUGGGGUGUGACAUUUUUGGAUGGUCACUUUGUUGUCCAUUCACAAAUGCGCAUCAUCAUAUGCCUACGUGAACCAGGCCUAAGUAACUGCCAGCCAACUGUGUGAGUUGACUUCCCUGAAAGGUGAGGUGAUAUAAAAGUUAUUUCUGUUGUGAUUCACGCAGAGAAGUGGUGAAUAUUUAUGUGUCAGUCAGCAAUUACUUCCAAGUCAAUGUGCUUACUUAGGAUUAUAGUCUGUGUCUCAAUAGAGCUACUAGGAUUUCCUCACUGGAAGUUGACACAAUUAUGUUUUGGCAUUCGGAAUGUUGCUAGCUUUCUUGUUGUGUGCUAAAAUAUUCCCUGUGGCAUUUUUGUUGAGCUAAUUAUUCAUCACUCUUGCCUUCCCUUACCUUCCUCAUAUAAAUCGUAAUACUCUGUCAUUCUGAAAACUGUAGCAGCCACAUCAAGGUUCCCAAUCUUGAGUCCCACGGUGUUGUUGGACUACAACUCCCAUGAUCCCCAACCACAAUAGCCAAAUGCUUCUGUGGCUGGGGAUGAUGGGAGUUGCAGUCCAGCUGUACCUGGGGAUCCAAGAUGGGAAACCUUGGCCUACAGUGAAAGUUAUUAGCAGACCACCUGACAAUAUUCUGUGGGAUGCCAGUCUGCUGGAUCAAAUCAAGACCUAUCUAGUCCAGCAUCCUGUUUCCCCACUGAGGCCACCCAUGCUCCAAAACUGCCAUCCAGUAUCUGCAAUUAAAGACAGGAGAGUCCAUUCUAAAUCACAGUAUUUUCCACUCUGCUUGUUCUGUAUAUUCAGUCAUCCCUUGCCAACCGCUAGGGUUCCAUUCCAGCAAAACCUUGCCGCUGGCAAAUUUGUGGUUUGCGAGGCAUUAAAGUCUAUGGGAAACGGGGGGUUAGAGGGACCGCAACUGCAAAAAGACCCCCAAAUACAGGGGAAUUUUUUAAAAAAAACUUUUUAAAAUCCUAUAAUAUUGCCAAGAGUCACCAAGAAGAAUGAGCAAAUCGAACCUCUGAACCCGCCAAAAUCUCUGAAUCCCUUCCCAGAGCAGCCUCAGCCCUAAGGGGAAUAUCUUACAGUGCUCACAUGUAGUCUCUCAUUCAAAGGUGGAUGCUGCUUGGCAAAGGGGGGCAAUUCAUGCUUGCUAUCACAGAACCAGCUCUCCUGCCAUGAGAACAAGAGAGGCGAACUGGUUUCUGAAAACUGAAACAUCACACAAGCAACACAUGAAACCUUUUUUUUAAAAAAUGCAGUAGGUCAAACAGCUGUUGCUGGACAUUCCUGCAAUGUCCUUUAAUAUGCCCUUAGUGCCAAGGACUCGCCAAUAUGCAUUUUCUCACUGGAUGAGGAGUUGUCAGGGAGGUUGGGCACCAAGCUCAUCCUCCUGCUGCCUUUUGUUCUUGGGUUGAUGCUUCCCACCUCCCAAUAGGAAAAUUGCCAAGCCAACAGCCAGGAUGGUACAGUGGUUGGAAGGAUGGCCUUAGAUCAACAAAACCUAGGUUCAGAUCCCCGCUCAGGCACAAAACCUACUGGGCUAGUCACUAUCUCUCAGCAUAACCUACCUCACAGAGCUGUUUUGAGCAUAAGGUUGACGACAACGUAUACUGCCCUGAGCUGCUUGGAGGGAAGGGUGGCAUGAAUAGCAGAUUGUUAGCCCAAGCUUCAGUGACACCAGCUGACAUAUUGUGCAGUGUUCCAUGUGGGUUUUGCUCACAGCUGUACAACAAACACAUGGAGUUGUGUGAGUGGAGCUGCAGGAUGGGAUGAUGGAGUUGCACAAUUUGAUAAUAUCAAAUAAUGCUGUAGGGAUGUGUGAAUUGAUUUGAAUCAAUUUGUCUCAAAUCUGGCCAAUUUCAACUAUUCGAAUUUGAAUUGAAUCACUCCUAAAAAGGGUAAUUCAAUUCAAAUUGAAUCAGCCGUAUUCAAAUUUGGGGGGAAAUUGAAUAGAUUCAAUGGCAGUUUAGGGCCACCUUGGCACCUUUUAAAAACCACUCAGGUGCCCUGGUUGGUCAAAAAAGGCACCAAAAUAGGUCAAAUCAAAUUUGAAUUGAAUCAAUCUGUUUUGGGCCAAUUCAAUUUGAAUUCGAAUUGAAUUGGCCAGUUUUGAUGAGAAUUCAAAUUGAAUCUGAAAAUUUGAUUUGUGCACAUCCAUAUAAUGGUUAUAUUAUUUCCAAUGGCCAUUGUGCAACUGUAAUAUUGCACAUUUGUGUCUGAGCAUUCUCACGCAGCUGCAUGCACAUUCCAUUGAAAUCCACACAGCAUGUUGCACUGUGUGUCAGCCAUUCUCUCUAUUGUGGUUGGGGAUCUGGGGCAUGGAGUCUAGCAUCUUUUACUACCGAAGCCCUAGGCACAGAGCCAGUUCAGAGGAAGUGUCUGCUGGCCACACCCACCCUGAUAUCACAGGAGGAUGUCCUAAUGCACUCUUGGGAUGUCCCUUAAUUGUGUGAGUGGGUGUUCAUCUGAAUCACCCCUCUACACAUGCUCCAAAUCCCUGGGUUUGAGCCCUCCUGUGACCUCAUGGUGGGCACACUCUUGGUGCACCUCUGACCUUAUCACGUGUGCCAGUGGGCGGUUGUCCGAAGUGGCCCACAGUCGACCCAUAAAAAGUUCAAAAGCCCUCAAAACAUUUUGCUCCUAAGCAGUGUAGGCACUGUCGAUUUUUGCUACUGCGUGCAGACUAUUUAAAAAGCAUGGUAAGGGCCGUUGUAUCUCAGGAUAAGCCCUUAACAGGAAUACUAGGCCUCUCCUAGGAACACUGACUUAGCAGAGGUUCUCAAAGCAGUAAUAACAAUUAAAGCUAACAUCUCACUUUUCAUUUGAAAAAAGAGCCAUGCUAAUGGGUUUUUCCAAAUGGCAGCUGAAUACUCCUGGGGAACAAUCUGUCUUUGAUAUGCUCUUUCUUGUAACCGUUUUUCCCCAGACGACUGGAGAGUGCUUGGCUCUACCAAGCUGGUGCGCGGGUGCACAUUACAAAUGCUAGCUGUGACUGAAGCAGAAGGCAUAUGGUGUGUGUGGAGGUGAAUCCUUGCCUCUCGCUUGACCAAAGAUGAGUGUGGAGAAUAAGAGGCUCAUGUCACUGGGGCAAUGGGUUUGAUGUUGCCACCCUGGUCCCUUCCGUGUGAUUGCUGGGAAUGUAUAAAAAAUUUCCCCUCAUGCGGCUGGACUUCCUUCCCUCUUUACAUAUGACCCAAGUGAUAUCUGACUUCUUUGGAGGUCCUUUGCUGUAAUAGGAGCACAAAAGACCCCGUUCACACCUUACGGUCCAUGCAUGUACAAUCUGCACACCAUGUGUGCAUUUAGAGAUCUGUACACAUGUGCAGUUAUUCACACAGGCUAUAUGCACAUACAGUUAUACCCUUCCUAUUUGUACCCUACCUUUGAAGGGGCCUGUACCCAGCUUCACUUUGAAAAUGAACAUACGUACAGUCACUCACACAAAAGCAUGUAUACACGUACAGACAUCUGUAUGCAUAUCCAGCAUAGUAUCUAAAUAGCGCUAGGGAAGCCCAGUUCUGUAGGUGUAACUUUAAUAUAUUCCAGAGAACAAUGGAGGAUGGAUCAUAGAGACAGAAGCACCACAUUGCCUCUAGGACUUGGGAGAUCCAGGUUCAAAUUCCAACUCAGCCAUGAAACUCAGUGGAUGAUGAGCUGGUCUAGGAGAGGAGAGCUGGUCUUGUGGUAGCAAGCGUGAAUUGUCCUCAUUGCUAAGCAGGGUCCAUUCUGAUUUGCAUUUGAAUGGGAGAUGUGUGAGCACUAUAAAACAUUCCCCUCAGGGGAUGGGGCCACUCUGGGAAGAGCACCCACAUGCUUGCAUGCAGAAGGUUCCAAGUUCCCUCCCUGGCAUCUCCAAGAUAGAGCUAAGAGAGACAGCUGCCUGCAACCUUGGAGAAGCUGUUGCCAGUCUGUGUAGACAAUACUGAGCUAGAGGGACCAGUGGUCUGACUCAGUAGAAGGCAGCUUCCUAUGUUCCUGUAUUGGGUAGUGUCUCUCUCCCUCCCUCCCUCCCUGCCCCCCACAACUUACCAUAUAGGGUUAUUGUAAGGCCAUAUACAUCACCCUGAGUUCCUUAGAAGAAGAGCAGGAUGUAAAAUAAAUAAAUAGUAUGUCAAGGGAGCCUUUCUAACUAUACACCUGGCCCACAAAUUUUGGCCAUUGUUACUGUCUCAGGACUCAAAUGUUCAUAGUGAUUUUCCAUCCCAGAGAUGGAAAAUCACUGAUAGCUUUGUUGCACUUACAGCUUUCUGUUUCUUAUCACCCCUUCUGUAUCCCUACCCACGAACAAUCAGGGUAAAAUUGCAGUCAUUUUUGCACAGAGGAAAGGGUUAGAGUAAGGUAAGGUAGGGUCAGGGUUAGAGUAUAAGUGAAACAAUUGCUGUUCUCUCUCCAUGGAGUAAUCUUUGGAGAAAAUUCUUGCCAGUUUUUAUUUCCACUUCUCUGACAACAUCGAUUAAACUGUAUAAUGGUUUUUGUGUUCUAAAAUAUUUUAAAACACCAUUGCCAAUGUGGCCACUGCAGCCCUGAUGGUCAGGGCAAGAAAAGCAUGAUAACACAUUGAAAGUUGAAAGUACUGCUAUGCUAUUUUCCACCUCUAGAGGUGUAGCCCUGGCCACAAAUCAUAAUGAGUAUUAAUCUUCCCAGAUGGUACCAACCCACAGAACCCAGCUGGUUCAUGCACUAAAAUGUCUGGUUCCGAACCAUUUUGAAAGCUCUUUUGGCCAAUUUACUGUACACUGUUCCGACACUGUAGGCACUUAAAUUACUCAAUGUGGCCACUGUUUGAAUGUGAUGAAUAGGUCAUGCACAGUGGCUCACCGUGUUGGUUGGUCAAUUAUCAACAGGCUAAUGCAAAUAUCAGCACAACCAGGCAUUAUGUAGGCAAGGGGUUCUCAGAUUUGUUGGACUGCAACUCCCUUUAUCCCCAGCCACAUUGGCCUUUAUCCCAUUAUCCCAUUUGUAUUUCAUUAUUUGCCACGUAUGGCUGAAGGAUAAGGGGAUUUAUAGUCUAACAACAUCUGGGGUUCCAAGUUUGAGAACAUUCUCACGGAACGUGUCACCUCAUUCUGCGACCAGUCCUUUGCAAUGCAGGAUUGCUUCCAAUAUUGGCAUACUCUUGCAAGUUAUUCCCAUAAGUCAGUUGUAUGGAUUUAUACCUAAGUCUGUGUGAAAUUCAGAUACGGGUGUGUGAGAUAAAGUUAGGGUCUCAAGCAUACUCAUUAUGGAGGCUGGGUUCAGCCAACUAGGUUCUUUUAAUGCCACAUAGCAUUAACGAUAUAUGUAGAGGCCAAUUGGGAGAAGGUAAGUGGAACACGUUCAGAAGGAUCGUGUGGUACAGCUUCUUAACACUGUCCCACUUCUGAAUGUCGUAUUACAUGUUGGAACACUUUCCUGGACUAAAAACAAAAAACAAAAAUCAAAUCUGCACAUAAGAAAGCAAGUAAUGGAGAAUGCUUAUAGGUAGGCAUUCCUCAUGAGGUCUUCAGUAGAUGAUAUUGCUGAAUGAGUAGGUCGUCCCUUUCUCUAAAAGUAGGCUCUGCCAUCAGAACUCAGGGGAUACCACCACCCAUGCUCCUUUUUCUCAUAUGCUUACUGAGUUUCCUCUUGGUUUGUCCAAGUGCUCAUCUUUUUGUGUGCUAUGGGUCAGUUUCCUUCUCUUGGGAUUGUGCAGUUUGAUAUUCAAUUCCUAAAUUAUGUUUUGCUCGUGCGGUUACAUCUGAGCAUCCCUUCCCUCCCUUCAGUCAUUUCCAUGCAUUUAGCAGAAGGGAGGAAGAUCUCUCUGGGAUCAUGAAGUUAGUUGGAGCAGUUCAGUAUCUGGAAUUGUACACACAUGCAUACGCACAUAUGCACAUCUAUCCUAGAGUAAUUAGCAGAGGAAAUUAGCCAGGUGUCUAUAGCUGGGGUGCCCAACUGGAGGUUCUCCAGCUGUUGGACUACAACACCCAUCAUCCUCAGUUGCAAUGUAUUGUAGUUCAGUUGAACAAAAGCCGGCCACACCUGCUCUAGGCCAAUGGAUGGAUCUGUGCAAAAACACCUUAAAUGGGCUUUACUAUUGGAGAUCAGUUGGAGCAAUAGGAUUAUGAUGAGAUAUUUGUCUCAACGAAUCAUGAAAGCUGCUCUUUAAUGAGGAACUAACUUGCAUGUGAAGAAAGCAGAAAGUUGAACGCUAAUUGGUCAGAAUGACAGAAAGCAAGUUGACCUGCAAGCUGCUGCAGCUCCUGGGACUGAUCUGGUAUAGUCAGAUCUUUCCUCAAACAAGCUGAUAAACUAUAUUUUAAUCUAAUGGCUAUAGAGCUCACCAUCGUUGACUCCUUUGGACACUCAUUCCCACUGGUUUUAUAUACUGAUCAAAUAUAUCCUUUCUUUUCUUUUUUUGCUAUGAAUAUCCAAACUGUGCUGUAUAAACUCAAUAAUAUGUUCCCUAUUUGUGACUGCUACAUUCUACAGCAGGCUUGUACAACCUACUAAGUGAACCUACUAAGUGAACUCCUUUUGGCCGAGAAGCAGUAUAGAAAUAUUCUUAAUGAAACAAUAAAUAAAUAAUAGCAGCCCCCUUCCUGCUGUUUUGCAGCCCUGAAGUUUGAUCAUGCUUCUGGAGAGCGGCCGUACUGCUGUGGGGUGGUGGUGGGCCACAAGAUGUGCAGUCUGUACUAAAGGUGUAUGUUUCCAUUGGUUUCCUUCAGCAAUGUACAGGCUGUUUUCAGAUGUAGUGGGCGAAUUCUAAUGGCAGGAAUACAUCAUGCAAACCAAAUUUCAGAUUAUCAGGUGAUCGUGGGGGUGGGGGUAAUCGCAGCAUGCCUUAACAGUGAAUUUUAUUCUAAUGCAAUGCUAAGAAAGAAAGGCCUUUCUUAUAAGGACUGUGUUUCCCAACCUUUGGCCCCCAGAUGUUGUUGGACUAUCAUUCCCAUUAUCCCCAGCCUCAAUGGCCAAAUGCCAUUGGUGAUCGGAGUUGUAGUUCAACCACAUCUAGAGAAGUGACAAUGGGACUACAGUUCUCAUCACUGAUGAUGGGUGUUGUAGUCCAACAUCUGGCCACUCAGCAUUGGGAACCCCUGUUAUAGGCGGUACAUUAUUACACAUGAUUUCUGAUGCUUUAUGUGAAAGCAUUUCACUGGUCAUGGAUGAGUAAUUUUUGACUUCCCUGUUGUCACUCUUAAAUUUUCUUGCCACCAGACAAAAUAUCAACUGCAACAUCUCAUUAUCGAGUCAUUUUUACAGUUUGUCUUCUUUCUAUUUCUCCUUUAGAAGCAUCUCUGUAGUAACCAAUGUUAUCAGCCAGUUUGAUUUUGUAGCGUCUCCGUUCUGAACUGAUUCAAGGGCAAAGACUGAAGUUUUAUUGUGAGCUUCUCAGUAGUGUGUGUGAUGCCUUAUUAUAACAAGAAGAUUAAUCGUGUUCUGUAGAGGUGUCAAAUAAACAUUUUAAAAAUCA